AUGAAGCGUCUUGCUCUUGCAUGGCUGUUGGCCCGGCCUGUUCUUGGCGGCGGUGGGUUGGUCGGCUAUGGCAUUUACCCAUACGAGCCACCCUGUGCGUACGCCUGUCUACGGUCGCUGAGCGGCUUGAUGCUCGAGUGCUCCAGUCACGGUGAUAUGCCAAGCGGAAUGAGCCAUGGUUCGGGCAUGACUUCGCCAGAGUGCAGGGCUGGUGACAUACCUUGGCUCACCACCCUUGCUUGGUGCAUCAAGGCAGAGUGCGCCGAGUAUCACGUCACCGUCUCCAAGAUUGAGGGUUUUUGGGAGAAGGAAUCUACAGAGAGUCCCGUUGUUGCUCCCAAAUGGAGCUAUUCGACUUCUCUGCAGAAAAUUACCAAGUCGCUGACGCAGCAACUCACACCAACUGACGAGUAUCUCAACACAACCUCCAUCGUUGACCCCUCUGUCUACCUAGCUCAGUAUAAUGCCCUCACCGCAGUCUAUCGUGAGAAUCUUGUGGAAGCAGGCUUUGGCAUCACUAUCCUGGUCGCUGGAUUUGGCAUUCCCAUGGCCCUCACUUGGCUUGGCUACAUUCCCUACAUGUCUGGUCUUCUCGACAAGGUGAAGCCAUACUUUGUCUACCAGACUAUUGUAGGGACAUACCAUGUCCGCCCGCUUCCUUACCUCCUCGGCAAUGCUCCCACCAUGGGUCAAGGCCUUUACGUGCUGGUCUUUUUCAUCCUCAACCUCAUCCUGACGGCAGUCAAUUACAAGACCCAACAACCCCAUGCUUGGUAUGCCACGCGGGCCAAGGAGAUUACCGCCUACAUCUUUUACCGCACAGGAGUGUUUGCAUUCGUCCUGCUUCCUCUCCUGAUUCUCUUCUCAUCCAGAAACAACUUUUUGCUCUGGACGACUAACUGGUCUCACUCAACCUACAUGUUACUGCACCGCUGGGUAGCCCGCAUGUUUGCCCUUCAAGCCCUCCUCCAUACUCUUCUCGCACUACCUCUGUACUAUCCCGCCGAAGCAAAAAAGGAGUACUGGAUCUGGGGUGCAGUGGCAACUGUGGCAACCAUGAUAAUGGUGUUUGCGAGCGGCCUUUACGUCCGUCGUUUCGCCUACGAAGCUUUUCUCAUCUCCCACAUCCUUCUUGCAGUAUUUGUAAUUGUUGGAUGUUGGUACCACAUCAAGUACUGGAUUGGCCUUAUUUGGGGAUAUGAGGUCUGGUUGGAAAUUGCUUGCGGCGUGUGGUUCUUCGAUCGCCUCGUGCGAGUGGGACGCAUCUUGAAGACCGGUCUACGCCGUUCCAAGGUUACUGACCUUGGAAAUGACUACAUCCGCGUUGACGUCCCUGGAAUUCGCUGGGCUUCUGAGCCUGGUAACCAUGUGUAUGCCUAUUUUCCGACGCUGAACCCCUUGCGUCCUUGGGAGAACCACCCUUUCUCUGCGGUGCCAACUGCCCUGCUCUCACAUUCAGGCAGUGGUGUCAACUCGGAACAAGACGGUCAUGUGGCUCCGCUCGAUCACGUCGACGCUGAGAAGAACGGGUCAAAACAACGAGCCUGUGCUGCCAAGGUCGUUCACUCGACGGCUGGCCUAACGCUCCUGAUCAAGAAGUCGACAGGAAUGACCAAAUAUCUCAAGGCACAUGAUAACCUACUCACUCUUCUCGACGGACCGUAUCCCAACACUCCCACCAAGGAAGUCCUACGCUGUGACCGCGUGCUGCUCAUUGGAGGAGGUAUCGGCAUUACCAGUCUCCUCCCUUGGAUAACCCGCCACCGCGACAUCAAACUCUGCUGGAGCGUCAAGGAGACGGCUUCUUGUCUGGUCGAGGCGGUAGAUGGAGUCUUGAGUGAGAUUGCAGAGAAAGACGUGAGGGUGGGAGAGAGACUUGACAUUUCCCAGAUCUUGGCUGAAGAAGAAGCUGCUGGAUGGAGUAGAGUAGGCGUCGUGGCUUGUGGACCAGGAGGACUCUGUGAUGACGUGAGAGCUGCAGUUACUACAGCGGCAAAGAAGGGCCAGGUUGUUUAUGAGCUCGAGGUGGAUGCGUAUUCUUGGUAG